AAUGUGUUUGAUUAUUCUUAUAAAAACCUUAUCAAGGUUCUUGAGAGAGACAUAUACCACCACUAGAUGAAGAACACAUCUAAGAAGAAAAACAAAGAGCACAAGAACAAGAAGAAGAAGAAGAGCAACAACAACAACAACAACAACAACAACAUGAAGCAUGAAAAAAUAUAUAAACUUUUGAGGUUUGAAGAGCUUCCUGAAUACAUGAAGGAGAAUGAGUUCAUUCUUGAUCACUACCGUGCCGAGUGGCCGAUAAAACAAGCUGUGGGCAGCAUUUUUUCUUGGCACAAUGAGACUGUUAAUGUUUGGACGCAUUUGCUUGGCUUUUUUUUGUUCUUGGCGUUGACAUUAGUUCAUCUUCGAGAUGUUCCACAAGUUGCUAAUCUUCUUGAUCAUUUCUCAUGGUAUAUCCCAUCAAAUGCGGUAGAGAAUUCAUCAUACAAUCAAGGGAAACUCUUCUAUGUUACCUCAUCACUAGUACAACAAAACCCCAUGCAUACCACAACAACAACUGCAACAACAACAAAGACACAAAGGUGGCCAUUCUUCAUCUUCCUCACAGGCUCAAUGUUCUGCCUCCUCUCCAGCUCAGCCUGCCACCUUUUCAGCUGCCAUUCUCGCCGUCUCAACCUCUUCCUCAUCCGCUUCGAUUACGCCGGCAUUGCCGUCAUGAUCGUCACCUCCUUCUUCCCCCCAAUCUACUACAUCUUCCAAUGUGACACUCACUGGCAACUCCUCUACCUCUCCUCCAUUUCCCUCUUAGGCCUCCUCACCGUCGCUAACCUCUUCUCCCCUCACCUCUCCACCCCUAAAUUCCGGUCUUACCGAGCUUCCCUCUUCGCCGCCAUGGCUUUCUCUGGCAUUAUCCCUGCAAUACAUGCAGCUGUGGUUAAUUGGAAUGAGCCCAAGAGGAACAUCACCUUGGCUUAUGAGUUGGCAAUGGCUUUGUUCUAUGUGGUUGGGACCUUGUUUUAUGUGAGUAGAGUUCCUGAGAGAUGGAAGCCAGGUUUGUUUGAUGUUGUUGGACAAAGCCAUCAGAUAUUUCAUGUGUUUGUGAUUGCUGGUGCUUUGGCUCAUUAUGCUGCUGCUCUUGUCUUCUUGGAAUACCGUGAUGCUGUUGGAUGUUUUCAUGAUCAGAGGUGAUCUAUAUAUAUAUAUAUAUAGAUAGAUGGAUAGAUAUGGAUAGAUGAUCAUAAUAAUGCAUGAGAUUGUGUCAUGUUAUUAUUCAUGUAUGUGCUCUUUCUUUCUUUUUAUUAGGAAUAUUUGAUUUGUAAGGGUCAUUAUUUAUGUUGUUCUUGAUUUGAGGAAGAAAAAAGGAAAGUAAUUUGGAGGUUGAAUUGUAUAAAAAGAAGAUCAAAUGGAAUGGGGGAGUUCUUUGUGUAAUAUUGAUUGAGAUGAUUAUUGGGUUUGUUUUA